AUGUCCUCCUCAAGCGCGAAAAUCACCCUGAAUACCCCUGCCGACUGGAUCCUAUGGAUCGACCAGCUGCAGUCGAAGGCCAAGUCCUACGACCUCUGGCGAUAUAUCGAUCCCCAGCGCCCAGGCGCCUUAAACACGGGACAAACGCGUCUCGAGCGGCGGAUGGAGCGGCCGAAGCGCCCCGAAAUAUACGAUCACCCCAAGACCGGCAAAGCCGAAGUGCUAAACGAAGACGCCGACUACGAAACGCGCGCACAAGCGCUAGAGGAGCUCUCGGCAGCCAAUCUCGCCCUGUAUAAGGAACGUCGGUCUGAAUAUAUGGAGCGCUCCAAGACCCAUGAAGCCGCGGACCGCGCACUGGACCGCUGGGUCUACGCGUUGAAGGAACGCGUAGGGAUAACCACUCGUGAGAGACGCACCGCCGCGAGCGAAGCAUAUAAGAGAGCGCUCCAGAUACCGGAGCGGAAGCGACUCGCAACGAAGAAAGAGCUAGAAGAGUGGCUUACGAAGUGGGAAGAAUCAAUCCACGAAGCAGCAGCGGCGGGCGUCCCGGGUACCGAGCUCCCCAGUAUAUGGUUCCCGGAAUUCACCUACGCCGUGAGCCACAGCUACGCCGAUACAUGGAUCUUCUCAUACCAGACCGUCAAGGACGAACGCGUCGAAAGCGAGAAACUGAGCGUUGGAGAAGUCCUGUCAGACGCGCGGCGGUUCCUACAAACAACCUCUCAACACAACCCGAAGAAGCAGGCCGGACGCGGAGCGUUUGGUCCUACCACAGAAGCCACUUCAAGAAACGAAGAGGAAGGGGAACGAACUUCCCCCGCGCGCCUAACGGUACCAAUGAGAAGCAGCCGGGGAUCUCGAGGAAACACGCGCUCCAGAGGAGGAGCUCGCAGAGACCGGUCGCGGAAGAGAAGCGAUGGGGAGAGCGAGGGCAACCGGCUGUGCCCUGCGUGCCUGAAACCUCACCCGCUCUCGAAGUGCUGGCUCGUCAACGAACGGGAGCGCCCUGAGUGGUACGAGCCGAGUAGAAAGCUUCUCGCGAACCUCGACGAGCGGAUGAGAAAAGACGAAACGCUCGCAAACCGUGUCAGGAAGGUGAGAGAACCAGCGAAAGAAGAACACUGA